CUUGAUUUAAAUGAACAGUGUGUGGACUUUGUGUAAGUAAAUAAGGUGUAGUGGGACACAUUGAGCAGCAGCAGAGUGAAGUUUUGCCCUGCAGGCUCCCAAAAUGGAUUUUAUGAUCGAGGUCACGUGACAGACCCUCCUACUGAGUCUCCUACUGAGCAUGCGCAGAUCUCUCUCAGGUUAACACGAGUUUAUUUUCAGCCUCUUUCUCCUGAAGACGCGUGUGUAUGAUGAUGGCGUGAACUGACCGUGCUUCGGAUACAACAAUGUUUUUUUCGGGACUGGAGUCAAAAUAAGAAAAAGUUGGGAAAGUGUCCGGAGCAGCGCAGCUUUGAGCGGUGACACGUGAAAUGUCGCUGCGUGGUUUGUUGGUAUUUCCAGGCGGCGACGGACAGACCAAGCCAGGCUAGCGUUAGCUGACCUCGGCUAGCUAUUGUUAGCCUACCCCGCUGAGCUGAGCGGAGCGUGUUGUGUCGACGCAGCGUUUAUCGUUUGUUAGCAGCUGGUUAUAUCGUCUGCAGGUUGCUGUGGUUUAAUAGUGGUGUGUUGUUUCAAUGCGCGGACAGGACGGCGGAGCGACUUAGCUAAUGUUAGCCGGCUAGUGCUGAGACUUUACAUUAACCAGCCUCUCUUGACAUGCAGCGCUGAUACAAGCUAUCUGUCAGCUACUACACCUAACUACACCGGUCAUAUUGUUCUGGCCGACAUGGCAGCCAGCGGAUACUCUGACCUGAGGGAGAAGCUCAAGUCCAUGACUCCACACAGAGACGAGGAGAGGGACAAAUACGUGGACGGGGCGAGUAAUGGCAGCGGGAAAGGUCGGAAACGUAAGUUUCGAGAGUCAGAUGAUGAUGACUGUGAGCACAGUGAUGACAGCACGGAGCUCAGGGAGCAGGAGGCCCGCCGGGUGAGGAGCAGCAUCCAGCAGAGGAGCAUCUUCACCCCGGAGGAGUGCGCCCUGAUCGAGGAGAAGAUAGACGACGUGGUUGCCCAAGGAGAGGCCGGGCUUUACCGGGAGCACACAGUGGACAGGGCACCCCUCCGCAACAAGUACUUCUUCGGGGAAGGGUACACGUAUGGAUCCCAGCUGGAGAAGCGUGGACCGGGUCAGGAGAGGCUGUACCGCAAAGGAGAAGUGGAUGAGAUCCCGAGCUGGGUGCACGAGUUGGUGAUCAAGCGUCUGGUGUCCAGUGGAGUGAUCCCUGAGGGGUUUGUCAACAGUGCUGUCAUCAAUGAUUACCAACCCGGCGGCUGCAUCGUGUCGCACGUAGAUCCUCUGCACAUCUUUGCACGGCCCAUCGUCUCAGUGUCUUUCUUCAGCGACAGCGCGCUCUGCUUCGGCUGCCGCUUCCAGUUCAAACCGAUCCGGGUGUCCGAGCCGGUGUUUGUCCUGCCUGUGAGGAGAGGGAGCGUCACGGUACUCAGUGGUUACGCUGCUGACGACAUCACCCAUUGCAUUAGACCCCAAGACAUCAAGCAGCGGCGUGCGGUCAUCAUCCUUAGAAAGACCAGACCCGAUGCUCCUCGACUCAACUCUGACAGCCCUUUAAGGUCCUCCCCUGCAGAGAGACCCGCUCCUCUGAAAGCCAAACGCUCUCAUCGCAAAGCAGACCCCGAUGCUGCUCACAGGCCGAGAGUUCUAGAGAUGGACAAAGAGGAGAACAGACAUCCGUCAGCGUCCCGUCACCGCCGUCACAGCAUCAGCUCAGAGAACUACUGGAGGCGCGGUCAAGACUCGGACAAACACCGGGAGAGUUCUGGACGCAAAGUCAAAAUGAGACGCCACUGAGCACUUUGCAAUCACACAUGUACACAUAUAAAUAUACCCCGCUCUUUUAUGUAUUUCAAUAGUGUAACAUUCUUUGAUCAGUCGUCAUUUUCUCGCUCCAGUUUUAGCCUGGCACAAGGAGCACAGUCAUCAUGUUGUCUGCAUUUUGAGUUCAGUCUGGAUCCGUUUGAGUGAAUAUUUGUUUCUGGCGGAUGAAGCAAGCGUCUCUGUUACACAGUACAGAACCUUGAGUUCAUUACUACAGUUAAGCUGUGUUGCUAAACUCGGUUACCUUAAACGUUUCUUGUUUCUAUGUCCAGAGAGACUUCAAAAUGGCAUGUAUUUUUUGUAACGAAGUUGUACAGAACACAAGAGCUAAAAGAAAGAAAGAUGUAUGUAUGGACUUGUACAAAUGAAAACCUGAGCUGUUAUAAUGUACAAUACGUUUGUAUAGUCUUUGAGUGGCGGGACUUUUAUGCAGAAAGAAACCUUUUUAUUAUUAUUUUUUUUGCACCCACAUUUCUGAUCCGUACCUCUUCUUGUGACAUCCCAGAUCUUUGCUGUUUGUUUAGGUCAGCCUUUCUGUCGCAGUUCAGUUUGAAACAAGUGUCUGUGUGGCACAUGGGGCAUCGACUAAACUAAAGCUUUAUGGAGUGAUUUAAAAAAAGACUCAGGCCUUGUUUUACACUCCUUUUUCAGUCUGAAGUUGCUUUACUUUAUAUAGUAACAGGCCAUGUUAUUGCUGUUCUGUAUGAAAUCUAAUUUGUCCUUUUAAAUUGGGUGAUAUUUGGGUCAGUCAGAGCUUGAUUUAAACAUAACUACUCGUAUUAUAUUUUGUUUACCUGAUGUCUAAACACGUAGCUGAGAAGCGGCUUAAGUUUCCAGAUGUAUUUGUCCUUUGCAGUUUGCUCUGUAAACACAGAUAACGUUGUUUCGUGCUCUCAGUCGGGCACAUUUGGCAGAGGUACUUGUGAGCUGACUGCUAGGUUAGUCUGGAGUUACACAUGAACAAAAAUAACCUUGGUUCAGAGGAGAAAUUACUUUCUAAAAACAGGAUGCAUUCAUGGUUUCCGGAAAAGCUGCAGCAGUUUACUUUAACAUGUUAAAGUUAAAAGUCUGCAAGAGGCAAAUACUGCAGCUCUUUAAAGAAUGGGACUCUGACUUUGUGGACACAGUGGUUGUGGUGGUUUCAUGGGUUUCCGUGGUCACAUUGGUGCUGGCUGAAUGAAAUAAAGCUGGAUUGUCUCCACAGAGUUGGUCUGCCAUUCAUUAAAACAGGGUUGUCUUUUAACCACUGAUCAAGCACCAGGCCUGGAAACAAACUGUGUCCUCUGCUGCCUUAUUAGGCAACCACCCAGAUUUAUAGUCAAGUUGACCUAUUUUAAAUGAUCAAGCAAAUUACUGGCCACAGUAUCAGAGUUAAGUUCCUCUUAAAUCUUUUUUUAAAUAUAAUUUAUCUUGAACACUUUUUUUGGGAACCAGUGACAUGAUUCGAAAGCCUUUGUUGACCUCAAAAACACGUGUGAAGCCAACAUAGUUUAUACUU